AUGUCCAUUUCAAAGAACGUGUCAACCUGCUCGCCAAAUACUACGCCCCAAGGUCGGACAGGAACACCGUCCGACUCGCCAAACUGUGCAUUAUGGCACUAUGCUUGUCUGCUAGUUUCGAACCCGGGCCACCUGCAUAGUGUCCCGAUUGGCUCAGAAGAGACCGGGGUGGAUGGCAAACAAGCAAGCAAGCAAGCCCGCAGACCGGAAGGCAACCAACUGCUCUCCACCUAUGAGUCACAUGGCGAAACAACACCAACAAUAGCCCACCCACGCACACCUCCAGCGGUGUUGUUUCGCUGCUUGGAUAAAUACAUUCAUUUGGCAAUCGAUUUGGUUCUCACGGGAGACCCAACUGAAUCUCACGUUUGUGAUGUUCUACAACUGAAUGUGCUGCACACAGGCCGACUCGUGUUUCAGUUGGUACGAAUUUACUGA